AUGGCGAGCACGGUCGCGCUGGAGGAGCGUGUCAUCAGCGAGGGGUACAAGAUCUGGAAGAAAAACAGCCCCUUCUUGUACGACCUGGUGCUGACACACGCCCUGGAGUGGCCCAGCCUCACGGUGCAGUGGCUGCCUGAUGUCAGCAGGCCAGAAGGAAAGGAUUAUACUCUGCACUGGCUGCUUUUGGGAACACACACCUCUGAUGAACAGAAUCACCUGGUUGUUGCCAGAGUCCAGAUUCCCAACAAUUAUCAGUUUGAUUCUUUGAAGUCUGACAGUGAGAAAGGAGAACUUGGUGGCUUUGGAUCUGUGACUGGCAAAGUUGAGAUGGGGAUUAAAAUUAACCAUGAGGGUGAAGUGAACCGUGCCCGUUACAUGCCGCAGAAUCCCCGCAUCGUCGCGACAAAAACACCCUCUGCUGAUGUGCUGGUGUUUGACUGCACUAAACAUCCUUCAGAACCAGAUCCAAGUGGAGAGUGUAAUCCUGAAUUUAGAUUAAGAGGCCACCAGAAGGAAGGCUAUGGCUUAUCAUGGAACUCAAAUUUGAGUGGACAUCUUCUCAGUGCAUCAGAUGAUCAUACAGUGUGUUUAUGGGAUGUAAGUGCUGGACCCAAAGAGGGCAAGAUUGUUGAUGCCAAAGCCAUCUUCACUGGGCACUCUGCAGUAGUGGAAGAUGUGGCAUGGCACCUGCUCCAUGAGUCUCUCUUUGGAUCUGUGGCAGAUGAUCAGAAGCUUAUGAGCUGGCACACAAGAUCUAAUGCCACGUCCAAGCCGAGUCACUCAGCAGAUGCUCACACAGCCGAGGUGAACUGUCUGUCCUUCAAUCCCUACAGCGAGUUCAUUCUGGCAACUGGCUCUGCUGACAAGACGGUGGCUCUGUGGGAUCUUCGAAACUUAAAGCUGAAACUCCAUUCUUCUGAGUCUCAUGAGGAUGAGAUUUUUCAGGUUUACUGGUCUCCUCAUAAUGAAACCAUUCUUGCUUCAAGUGGUACCGAUUGUCGCCUGCACGUGUGGGAUCUGAGUAAAAUUGGAGAAGAGCAGUCAGCAGAGGAUGCAGAAGAUGGGCCUCCUGAGCUGCUGUUUAUUCAUGGAGGACACACUGCCAAAAUUUCAGACUUCAGUUGGAAUCCUAAUGAGCCUUGGGUAAUCUGUUCUGUAUCAGAGGACAACAUAAUGCAGAUAUGGCAGAUGGCAGAAAACAUUUACAGUGAUGAAGAACCAGAUAUAACAGCAGCUGAACUGGAAGCUCAAGGAAUGUAACUUUUCUUCUUUAAGGAACUAGAGGGAAUGACAUAGUAAUGUAAUUUGACUACUGUAUACAUAAAAUAAAGUCCUGAAAAAAACACAGAAAACCAAAUACCAAACCAAAGAACCCCAGAAUCACUGGGCAGAAGCCUUGCAUCAAAACAGGAAUACUCCUAAUUGGAUUAAGCAAAAAGCUUGUAUAAUCAAAUUGUCAUGGGAUACUCUUGGUUCUGUGGGCACUUUGAGCUGUUGUAUACUGUACAGCAGUUAGCUUUAGAGAAACUGACAAUGACUAAAUACCCGUGUCUGUAUUUUUAAAUAAACUUUGUGUAUUCUGUAAAUAAAAUGGUGAAAUCCUCACUUUUCACACAUAGAAACUGUAUAAAAAACA